CACCCUAUCUUUUUCUCCUUCGUUUAUACAUAUAUAUUCACCUCAUUCCAAUGUCCACAAAAGUAAAACAGACAGAAAAAUUAUGGAAGAUCAUCCACCUGGUUUUCGCUUCUUCCCAACAGAAGAAGAGCUUGUUGGCUUCUACCUACGCAACAAGCUAGAAGCUUCAAGAAAUAAUGCUGCUGCUGUUACUGCUGCCAUAGAUAGAGUUAUUCCAGUUGUUGAUAUCAAUGCCCUGGAACCAUGGAACCUCCCAACACUUGCGGGGGAGCUUUGUCGUGGGGAUACAGAGCAAUGGUUUUUCUUUUCGCCUGGGCAAGAGAGAGAAGCCAGAGGAGGGAGACCUAGCAGAACCACAGCUUCUGGGUACUGGAAAGCUACUGGUUCACCUGGCUAUGUUUAUUCUUCUGAUAACAGAGUCAUUGGGGUGAAGAAAUCCAUGGUGUUCUACAAAGGAAAAGCUCCUAUGGGAAGAAAAACCAAAUGGAAGAUGAACGAGUACAGAGCCAUCUCCAACCCUGUCACCCCUCAGUUGAGAUGCGAAUUCAGCUUAUAUCGGGUUUAUAUCGUAUCUGGAAGCUUUCGAGCAUUUGAUCGACGUCCAUCAGAGACAGACGGAACAGAGUCACGUUUUUGUCAAAGUUCAUCUCAAUUGCGCCAACUUUCUCAGCUUUCUCAGCUCCCAGAAACUGGAGAUUCAAGUAGCAGAAAUUGGAACGAGGAACAGCUUCAAGAACCGUCAUGGGAAUUGGAAUGGGAACACUUCAAUUGGGUCGAACUCAAGAACUGAAUGACUCGUUAAAAUAUGACAUCGACCAAAUCAUAGAUAAUGAAACUAAACUAUACCAUAUUUGUUUACAACAUACGAUAAUCAUAUCAUGUUAAGAACAAGUUUUGUUAUUUAACCAGAUAGCUUCUGCUUAGACGACACUUCCCACUAUUUUUAUCUAAUUUCAACAUCAAUCCAUCUAUUUUCCAC